GCUGGGCCGCGCCGUGCCCGGCCCGGGGCGGCAGCGGCGAGAGGAAGGCCCGGGGACAGGCUCUCGGGACUGCCCGGAGCCCUCAGGGAGAGGCGAGGCGGUAGCUGGUACCGGGUAGCUGGUCCAGACAGGUGAUCGGUGGUGCGGCGGGAGCUGCAGCCACGCUCCGCGGUCCCCUCCCGGGGCUGACGGCGGCAAAUAUGCGGAUUUACCGGCCGGGUCGCUCCUAAAGCCAGCGACGGGGAGCGAGCGCGGCGGCGGCCAGCACGGGGAACGCACCAAGGAAGAAGCCCAGCCCCCGCCCUCCGCCCCUUCCGUCCCCACCCCCUACCCGGCGGCCCAGGAGGCUCCCGGAGCGACUCUGUUCCUCCUCCUCCUCCUCGCUGGCUCUGCACUCGCUGCUCGCGCCGAGCGCGCUCCGCAGGCUCCCUGCUCUCCGCGCCACCCUCCUCCGGGCCGCGCUCCCUGAGGGAUGGUACUGAAUUUCGCCGCCACAGGAGCCCGGCUGGAGCGCCCGCCCCGCGGCCUCGCCUCCCUGCCGAGCUUCCAGCGCCUCGGGACGCGAUGAGGACCUGGGCUUGCCUGCUGCUCCUCGGCUGCGGAUACCUCGCCCAUGCCCUGGCCGAGGAAGCCGAGAUACCCCGGGAGUUGAUCGAGCGGCUGGCUCGAAGUCAGAUCCACAGCAUCCGGGACCUCCAGCGACUCUUGGAGAUAGACUCCGUAGGGGCUGAGGAUGCCUUGGAGACAAGCCUGAGAGCUCAUGGGUCCCAUGCCGUUAACCAUGUGCCCGAGAAACGGCCUGUGCCCAUUCGCAGGAAGAGAAGUAUUGAGGAAGCCAUUCCCGCAGUUUGCAAGACCAGGACGGUCAUUUACGAGAUACCUCGGAGCCAGGUGGACCCCACAUCGGCCAACUUCCUGAUCUGGCCCCCGUGUGUGGAGGUGAAGCGCUGCACUGGCUGUUGUAACACCAGUAGCGUCAAGUGCCAGCCUUCACGGGUCCACCACCGCAGUGUCAAGGUGGCCAAAGUGGAGUAUGUCAGGAAGAAGCCAAAAUUGAAAGAGGUCCAGGUGAGGUUAGAGGAACAUCUGGAGUGUGCGUGUGCGACCUCCAACCUGAACCCAGACCAUCGGGAGGAGGAGACGGAUGUGAGGUGAGAUGAGCCGGCCGCCCUCUCCCGGGACACGGAUGUGCGUGGCGUGUGACAUUCCUGAACAUACUAUGUAUGGUGCUUCAUUGCCAAUGUGCGUGCAGUCUUUGUUCUCCUCCGUGAAAAACUGUGUCCGAGGACAAAGAGACAGUGUCCGUUUGUUCAGUGUGACAUCAAAGCAAGUACUGUAGCACUCAGAGAGACAGUGAGAAAGCUUCCUUGUCACAGAGAGCGAAAACAAAACCACAAAAAAGAAAAAAAAAAAACAAAAAAAACAAAAAAAAAAUUAAAAAAACAAAAAACAAAAAAACAAACCACACCCAACAACAAAACGCCCCACCAGAAGAAACAAGAAGACUGAAGUGGGCGACGGAAGGGCCGCCCUGCAGGACUGACCCUCGAGAGGUGGCUGAUGUUGGCCACCACCCUGGAUUCUGCCCGUGGGCACAGGUGCUUUUCGCCAAGGACGCCUGGAGCCCGCCUGGGAUGCUGCGUGCCAGCUCUGUGGGCACAGGAACUGAACAGGUGGGAGAUGCCCACGGCCUGGAAGCCACCACCUCGCUUGAGUCUGCCUAGGACCUUCCUGAUGGCCUUACGUGGAAUUUCUUUUUCUUUUUCCUUUCCUUCUUUUCUUUUCUUUUUUUUUUUUUUUACACCAUGAAGUAAGCUUCUUUUUAUUCUCUGCCUAGCUUUUUUUUUUUUUUUUUUUUUUUAAAUCUCUUGGAUGACAUUUUCGUCGAUAACACGCACGAGGCUGCUGUAAGUUGGGACAGCGAGACGGUUAUUUUUUUUCCUAGCCAAACUAAUGAGGUGUAUUAAAAUAAACAUGAUAUACCUACCUAUUUAUCAUUUCUGACACGCCUCUGCCUUCCUGUGUUCCUCCGCCCCUUUACCGUUUCUUCUAGCUUAAGACGUGAGGGGACUCUGGGGGUCAUUCAGUGUGGGGCCCCCUGGGGGCUCCCCCCACCCCUACCCCGUUGCUAAAUGGCUUCUGUGGCGGCAUGGAGACUUGACAGAGGUUAUUUUAUAGUAAGCUGUUGGGUUUCAAUGUUAAUCAGAAUUGUGUGUGCGUGGUUUCCUUGUUUUGUUUUGGUUCUGUAAAGGUGAACUUUGUAUUUUUAAUAUUAUCAGUUUAUAUACCUGAGAGCCUGCUAUAUAUAUUAUAUUUUAUUUUGAACUAAAAAGGAGAAAAAAAUCAACAAAACUUAAUGC